AUGGCCAUCAACGACAAGAUCUCAGAGACACCCGCACACGCGCCGGUGGCACACGACAAUGAUCGUCGAGGCUGUCCCCUCCCACGUCGACGAGAAGGCCCAGCGCUCAACCAUAUCGAGCAGCUAGGACUCGCCGCGGGGAAGCGCUCAACAGGAAGAUUCUAUGGAUCCUCUACGAGUUACAACUACCUGAACCGCAACAACAAUCCGCAGGCCCGACUGAGCACGUUCAACCAGGAUCUCAACCUCAAGGAUGGCGACUGUCAGACUGCUGUCGCCGACUUGACAGCCGGCUACAUGCUGGCCCAACUAUCGUCCAACAUGUUGACCACCCGCGUCCGUCCUGCCCUCUAUCUCCCGACGGCUGCGAUGCUCUGGUCGGCCAUUUCCGCCGCCACAGCUGCGUGCACGAGCGAUGGAAGCCUGAUGGCCGUCCACUUUGUUCUGGAUAUCAUUGGAGCACCAUUGUUUCUCGCUGCCGUCUUUCUCAUGUGGUGCUGGUACACGCCCCGCGAGCUCGCUUGCGCACGGCCGCCCUCUACUCUGGCCUCGUCCUGGCCCAAGCCUUCUCGAGAGCAGUGGAAGAGACUUGAACCCCUUUGCGAUGUAAAAGAUGGAGCGAGGAGGUGUCUGGAAUUGGGAAUUGUCUAG